AUGGCAUCAUCAGUGGUGUCUGGUGCAUCAGAAAACCCCAGGGGUUACAGUAUUGAGCCCAGCGAGGUCAGAAGAAAACCCCAGGUCACGUCAUAUAACUUUGACGAGGAAACUAAAAUCAGCUACUCCUGUGGUAAUGGAACCCUUUUCCUCAAGUUGUCCUCUGUUAUGAUGGUCCUUAGCUUCCUUCUGCAGGUGAUAGCAAUUGGUGCCCCAUACUGGGCAGCGGGCUGGAGGCGGAGCAAAAUGUCCUGGCAUGAAGGAGUGUGGAUGACCUGCUACAGAACAGAGCUGGACAACAAAUGGAUUUGUGGAGCCUAUGAUUACAGCAACAGCAGACCAGGUGUUCCCAUGUGGUAUGCAGCAGUUCAAGCCAUGGGAUUAAUGUCAAUUGUGGUGUUUCUGCCGGCACUGAUCAUUAAUUUCUGUUUCACGAUGCAUCCCAAAGAUGCCAGGUUUAGAGGCAUGAUGUGGUUCAAUUUCGCGCUUACAUUUGUCACUGGGCUUCUUCCGUUGUGUAUGGUCAUUGUAUUUGGCGCAGGACACCCCAAGAGAGACCGCUUUCCCAUCCCGUACAUGGACCAGUACUACGAUGACGACCCUUUUGAAAUCCAUUUCUGCUUUGUGUUUGAGAUAUUUGCAGUGAUUGCGUCUGCGGCUGCAUUUGCGCUGGAGAUAAUUGACUUCCGUAGAAGUGACUACUAG